GGAAUGAACUUUCUUUGAGGUGAUGGAAUGUUCUGGAAUGGAUUGAAGUAGUGGUUGCAUAACAUUAUGAAUGUACUAAAUGCCAUUGCUGUCCCAACAGAAUGCCACCGAGGUGACAAGAUGUCACCUAUGACAUCCCAAGGUGGGGGGGGGCGGGGUACGGACAGGGUCAGGUCCAGCCAGGCCUCACGCCGUCAGAGCGGUCAUUCUCCACUCCUCAGCCCUGUGCCUCUUGCUUCUCAGCUCCUGUCCAAAUAUGACCCCCAGAAGGAGGCUGAGCUCCGCAGCUGGAUCGAAGGGCUCACGGGCCUCUCCAUCGGCCCCGACUUCCAGAAGGGUCUGAAGGACGGGGUGAUCUUGUGCACACUCAUGAACAAGCUGCAGCCGGGCUCGGUCUCCAAGAUCAACCGCUCCAUGCAGAAUUGGCACCAGCUAGAAAACCUCUCCAACUUCAUCAAGGCCAUGGUCAACUACGGCAUGAACCCUGUGGACCUGUUUGAGGCUAACGACUUGUUCGAGAGUGGGAACAUGACACAGGUCCAGGUGUCACUUCUCGCACUGGCAGGGAAGGCUAAGACAAAAGGGUUGCAGAGUGGCGUGGACAUCGGAGUCAAGUACUCAGAGAAGCAGCAGCGGAACUUCGAUGAUGCCACCAUGAAGGCCGGCCAGUGUGUCAUUGGGCUGCAGAUGGGUACCAACAAAUGUGCCAGCCAGUCCGGUAUGACAGCCUAUGGCACCAGGCGGCAUCUCUACGACCCCAAGAACCACAUCCUGCCCCCCAUGGACCACUCCACCAUCAGCCUUCAGAUGGGCACAAACAAGUGUGCCAGUCAGGUGGGCAUGACGGCUCCGGGGACCCGGCGACACAUCUAUGACACCAAGCUGGGGACAGACAAGUGUGACAACUCCUCCAUGUCCCUGCAGAUGGGUUACACACAGGGUGCCAAUCAGAGUGGCCAGGUCUUUGGUCUGGGCCGCCAGAUAUAUGAUCCCAAGUAUUGCCCACAAGGCUCUGCGGCAGAUGGCGCUCCACCUGGUGCCAAUGACUACCCCAGGGAGGCCUCCGAAUAUGUGCCCUACUACCAGGAGGAGGCCGGCUACUGAAGCACCCCAGAAUGCCAACUCCCCAUUGCAGUACCCUGUCUGGGGCUUGGGGUUUUUAUGGGUUUAGCUUUCCCUUUUCUCAUUCUUUUUUAAACAUUUAGUAGCACCCGUGGAGGGUCUGUGGGUGAUUGGGGCUGCUUUGACCCAUUCUGACAGGACUUCCUUUGCAGGACUGAGCCCUGGGUAGACAUGAGGGGUCCAUGGGUGGGGCAUGUUACCUGGCAGCAAAUUUCCCAGAAGGCUCUAAGACAGUGAGAGCCAGUUAGGGACCAGCCCUCAAAUGACUUCCUGUUUCUUCCUCUCUUGAUCAACUUCUCUUGAUCAACUUGUGGUUUCUAUUGGGCAGAAGUUUCAAGGUAGUCUUAAAGAAAGGAAACUGUGUGUGUGCGUGUGCGUGUGCGUGUGUGUGUGUGUGUGUGUGUGUGUGUAUGUGUAUGUGUGCGCGCGCGCAUGUGUGUUGGUUUUUAGUUUUUCUGCCAAUAUUGAGGUUUUAACUCAAAGACUGGGUUCUGUCUCUGAACGUUUUCUGCUUAAGGCUAGCAGUCUACCACUUGAGUCACAGCUC